ACCAGCACUUUCCCUCCCACAAUUGCUCAGGAGGCUCGGGACGCCGGCCGGCCUGCGUGUGACGUCCGCCAGAGGAGCAGAGCACCUCGCCACCCGCCCGUCGCUCUUCUCGUUUUCGCCACGAUGCUGUGGGCCUUGCGACUGCUGCCGCUGCUCGUCCUCGCUUGGCAGGUCCAAGGCAGGAGUGCCCCGCGAGACUCGGGUCUGAAGGAGGAGGCGGUAUCGCCGUCCGUCUCCCUGGCAUCAUUCCUGAAGACAUCGCCGCCGUCGGGGCUCGGCAAGCGCCGAUCCAAGAGGUCGGUUUUCCUGCACUCCGGGGUGAGGGUCUGCCCUCAGGAGAGCGUCAGCGAGGUUCUGGCCAGCCAUCGGUCGUACUACCAGCUCCGAGUGUGCCAGGAGGCCGUGUGGGAGGCCUACAGGAUCUUCUUAGACAGGAUUCCCGGGACCAGCGAGUACCAGCGCUGGGUUCACGCAUGUCAGCGGGAGGCGCUUUGCAUCGCCGACAUCGCCAGAAACUUCAGCAACUCUGAGGAGCACUUGCACCUGAUCCACGUGAGGAUGAAGCGCCUCAGAAACGAGCGGCCGCCAUCACGAGCUUUGCUGACUCCGAGUCCUGUCACGCACGACACGCGAGAAGUUCUGUCGACCACCGCUCUCCUCCACCAGGCCACUUCCUCUCCUGGUUCUGCCCCUGAUCAACAGUGGACCGCCAUGGAGGACGUAGAGGAGGACUCUGACAUUCCUAACGUCGUCCCUGAGAGUCCGGCAGAGCAGAGGGUGGCGUUCAGCAUCGAUUUAGUGGAUCCGGGCUACAGAGAACUGCUGGACGACCCGGACUCUCCCCAGUACAUCGACCUGGCUCACCACCUGCAGGACCAGAUGCAGCACGUUUUCGACAAGCUUCCGGGAUUCAAAAGCAUCCGUGUACUGCGAAUCAGCGAGACGCAGGAUGCUGACAGUGUUGGCGGAAUCACAGUCCACUACUCCCUGGUCUUUGAAAUAACGUCCCCGGAAACCCGCUCUGAGGCAGCGGACGCCACUCCUACGGCGUCGGCCGACUCCAAACUGAGGGAGAUGGUGAGAAAAGCGCUGCAGGACGAUGCGUCCCUUCCAGUCGAUCUGGAAUCCUUGUACUUUGACCCAGGGGAUGUCCUUCCUGCGCCAACGUUGUCCUCCUUACGGGAACCUGGCGUGGAGGCCAGUGAAGCCAACUCCAACAACGAAUUUGAAGUGUUCUUGGAUGACCCAGAGGUGGAUAAAAUUCGCCCACAGGUCCCCCUAUCUCCCUCGGAGAAGGAGAAUGCGCUAGUCACGCUGCUGGAUCUCUCUGACGAGGAGGACCUGAGGUUUGAGCCAGAUGCACUGGAGCCAUCCAGUGAAGAAGAGGAGUUGAUCAUUUCUCAUAAAAUUGAGACCUUCCAUCACGCUGAAACUGGAGAACUUGUCCGGGACUACACACCGAGCCCUCCUACAAUGGCUGACCUGGACUUAAUGUCUGAGGACAACCAGACCCCCACCACGCACAUUUCACUGACCUCAUCUGCGGCUGAUAGACCUUUGGGCUCAAGCCUUGUCGCCACCACGCUGUCAGCUGCCAGAGGCCAGAUGUCCACUGAGCCGACAGAGGUUUUCGCAAAAGCCAAUUCCCUAACAGACUUGGGUGUUCAUGCCCCCAUAGAGGACAGUUUGGAAUUAGGGCCCGAGUCAGCAACACCAUUGAGAGAGUUAGCAGUGAAGCCUGCCCAAGAAGUCCUUGAGGUUUUGGACCGGACAUCCGUAACAACUGAGGUUUAUGAGCUGCAGGGAGAGAAUGUUUACGUGCCAGAAGAGGAGACGAUGGGAGGAAAACAAGAAUUGUUCCCCGAACUGGUAGACUUACCCUUGGAUCUUCCUGGAACAGAGGACAAGGCACUUGAAGUUGUAAAGCCACAAGGAUGGGCACUAGAAGGAAAGUCAGAUGAUGACGUGGUUGAGCAAAAGGGAAAGGCAGAAGAAGCACAUGAUAUGGAAGAAGAACGAUUUCCUGAGACAGAAGUACAUGUGCAAAAUGUUAGCCAUCAAAACAUCAUACCUGAUGUUUCACAGGAAACAACACCUACUCUUCUUGAAGAACCAAUAACUGUUGUUUCAGAGGAACAUUUAUCUGAUGUUCUCGAAGAAGCACAAAAUGUUGUAGAGGAAAUGUUACCCGGUGUUACAGGAGAGCUCUUGCCUGAUGUUGUUGCGGAAACACUAGAUGUUCCAGAGGAAACGUUACAUGGUGUUCCGACAGAACUCUUGCCUAAAACAAUAGAUGUUUUCGAGAAACCGGCUCCUACAGGUUCCACAACAAUUAAGGAGAAAAUGGUUGAUGUUCCAAAACCAGAAGCGGUUGCUGUGGUUACGACUCCAAGGGAUUCAUUCGUAGAUUCAGAGGAGGCACUUGGUGCAACUAAGGCAGCAUCUCAACCAGAACCAGUUCUAAUUAUAGAGGAGAAUGAAACAGGAGAUAAGGAAGUUGCAGAAUCACAAACACCAGCAAGCGUUCCAGAACAUAGUGGAGGAGCACUAGUGGGUUUUGAACUCCAUCCAGUAGGCGUUGAGGAAGAGACAGGCUAUGUUCCUGAGUCAGAAACAGAGGAAGAAAUGGACUAUUCCAUGAAAGUACUAGAAGCAGGAGAGCUGGAGAUGAUGCCAGAAACAAAGGGGGAUGAACAAGUUAACAGCGCAGAACCAAAAGAGGAAACAAUUGAUACUCCUGAACCAAAUGAAGAGGAAACGAUUGACAUUUUAGAAGCGGUCCUGGAGCAUGACACCACUGAAUCACAAGCUGAAUCCAUUCCGGUCUUUGCCCCAUUUGAUAAGGAAGGAGAUCUUCUCGUCGUGGACAAUACAGGUGAGCUCCUUAAGCCUGUGGCACCAAGCCACAGGCCUCUGGAGAAUGCUCAUUUGCCCGAAAUUCCGGUAACAGGUGAGGAGGACGCAGGUGAACUCAAAUAUCCCAUCAUUGACAACUUGCUCUCUGAGGUGGGAUCGAAUGGUGUGCACCAUCAGGUGGGACUGGACAUCAACGCUGCAGAAUCAGCCAAGACCUCUAUUGAGCCAGCAGACAUGACUCCUUCAGACAGAGGUGCUGCAUCACAGGAGGACUUGCUGGAGGAGGCCAAAAAGGAUUUCACACUAAAAAGUGAUGCCAGUGUGAGAGCGAUACCUGAGAAAGCAGCAACAACAGCUUCAGACUCCUCAGCGGCACCGGCAACAACUUCUGCUGCUGGAUUCUCUUCUCAUGGCCAAACUGUGGACUUUGGACUCUUCGAGGUGGCGGAACCACGUGACCAAAGUGCACCGUCCAUCAUCAUCAUUGAGGAGGACAUGAAAGAAGCUGAAAACCAGAUGAGUAGACCCGUCGCUGCGGAGGACGUUGUCGGCGAGGCUGUCAGGGACCUGGCAGAGGAACUAGAUCAAGCAGACCUGGUGACCACGGACCCACCAGACGAAGGGAGCGGCUUUUUUGUGGCGCACACGUCAGACGGCGCCACGGCCCCACCCACUGUGCGAUACCUGACCACACCCACAAUGACAACAGCCACUCACGGCCGGGAGCUGGUGGUCUUUUUCAGCCUGCGCGUCACCAACAUGGACUUCUCGGAGGACCUCUUUAACAAGACCUCACCUGAGUACAGGACCCUGGAGAACACCUUCCUUGAUGUGCUGUUGCCGUACUUACAGGCCAACCUGACGGGAUUCCGCAACUUGGAGAUCCUGAACUUCCGCAAAGGCAGCGUGGUGGUGAACAGCAGGAUGAAGUUGGCCAAGUCGGUGCCAUACAACAUCACGGAGGCGGUCCAGUGCGUCCUGCGGGAUUUCUGCUCCACCGCUGCCGCGCUCCUGCACAUCGACAUCGAUAGCCGCUCGCUGGAUGUCGAGCCAGCUGACCGGGCCGACCCCUGCAAGUUCCUGGGCUGCGGAGUCGGUUCUCGCUGCGUCCCGGAGUUGCCGAGAUCGUGGCGGUCCGGGGAGGCGCGGUGCCAGUGCGAGCCGGGCUUCCUGUCUGCGGACGGCCUUCCGUGUCGAAGUGUCUGCGAGCUCCGACCCGGACGAUGCGGAGACGGCGCAGUGUGUCACGUGGAACCUGGACGCGGCGCCGUGUGCAGGUCCAAAGGCAGCGAGCGCCUCCUGGCGGCUUAAAUCGCCCGACGUCCUGGUAGUCCCGAUCCCGCGACAGCAGGUGAACAUUCAAUUUUGCCCGAAUUCCGGUUUUCUCGUCUUGAGGAUUCAAGAUGGAACUUUUUGUCUCCUGCAGCUUCAGCUUCUUUCAAUCAACGUUUAUCUUCUCAUGAGAACCUCCAACGCCGAAAAUAGCACGAAAAGAAAAGCGCUGGUGUUGACCGGACGGCGGCGCCGCUGCCCCGCCUUGGUCAUCUCAGAGCGCCCUCUAGGUGGCAAAGGGGGAAGUUGCGCUUUCAUAGAUCUUCCGCUGCUUGUUCACAUUCCUCGUUCGAUGUUUCCAUUUCACCAAAGAAAAUGUGUCAAAACA